UCAGAGCAACUUUCAUAUAGAAAGUUUUCGCAUGACACAUACUGUUUAUCAGUUUAAAAACCGUGCCAUGAAAAUCUUUAUCUUUAUCCAACUCUUGUUGGAGAAAUGAACAGGAUCUAUAUAUGUUGUGAAUUGUAUCGCCAACAUAUCAUUGGGAUGCUAAUGAAACCAGGAUAAAAGGGGAUGAAUUCUGAAGAAAACCUGAAGAAACCAGGGGAGAGCAAAGGCUCCGUGCCAACGUGCCCGCGGGGAAAUGCCUCAGCCCUCAGCCAUAGACCUUACCUCAUGGCCGUCGUAGCCCCUCCUUCCCUUGCCCUUCCCCAACCUCCUCAGAACCCAACCCCUAAACCUCGCCGCCGGCCGCCGCGAGACGUCGCCUCAUGGACGUCCGCCAUCGCGCGCCCGGCGAAGCAGGGCGACCUCCCCGCGGCGGCCGCUGCGCUCUCCGCCAUGCUCUCCUCCCCCGCGGCGCCCGUCCCCAACGACGUCACCCUUCUCACCGUCCUCUCCGCCUGCGCCGACUCCCCGUCCUCCCCGCUCGCCCGCCGCCUCGCGCUCUCCGUCCACGCCCGCGUGCUCAAGCUCUUCCCCUCCCACCUCCUCCUCUCCACCUGCCUCGUGCGCUUCUACUUCGCGUCCCGCUUGCCCCACCUCGCCCUCCAGCUGUUCGACGCCAUGCCCGUGAGGUCCGCCGUCACCUACAACACGGUGAUCUCCGGCCUCAUGCGGAACGGCCUCGUCGCCGCCGCGUUCGAGGUGUUCGACGGAAUGCCGGCGCCGGAUAAGGUCUCCUGGACGGCUCUCAUCGACGGGUGCGUCAAGAACGGGCGCCACGACGAGGCCAUCGACUGCUUCCGCGCCAUGCUUCUGGACGGUGUCGAGCCGGACUACGUCACGCUGAUAGCCGUCAUCUCCGCGUGCGCCGAGGUCGGCGCGCUGGGGCUCGGGAUGUGGGUGCACCGGCUCGUGGUCCGGCAGGGGCUGGAGCGCAACGUCAGGAUAGCCAACUCGCUCAUCGACAUGUACGCGCGGUGCGGGCAGGUGGAGCUCGCGCGGCAGGUGUUCAGCGGAAUGAGGAAGCGGACGGUGGUCUCCUGGAACUCGAUGAUCGUUGGGUUCGCCGCCAACGGCCGGUGCGCGGACGCCGUCGAGCACUUCGAGGCGAUGCGGAGGGAGGGGUUCAAGCCGGACGCCGUGACGUUCACCGGCGUGCUCACGGCGUGCAGCCACGGCGGCCUCACCGACGAGGGGCUAAGAUACUACGACCUGAUGAGGGCGGAGUACGGCAUCGCGGCGCGGAUGGAGCACUACGGCUGCGUGGUCGACCUGCUCGGCCGGUCGGGGCAGCUCGAGGAGGCGAUGCGGGUGGUGACCACCAUGCCGAUGCGGCCAAACGAGGUGGUGCUCGGCGCCCUCCUCGCCGGCUGCCGGAUGCACGGGGACGUCGGCAUGGCCGAGCAGCUGAUGCAGCACCUGCUCGAGCUGGACCCCGGCGGCGACGCCAACUACGUGCUGCUGUCGAACAUCUACGCCGCCGUCGGCAAGUGGGACGGCGCCGGGAAGGUCCGGAGCCUGAUGAAGGCGCGGGGGCUGAGGAAGAGGCCGGGCUACAGCGCCGUGGAGAUCGACGGCGACGUGCACGAGUUCGUCUCCGGCGAUCGGUCGCAUCCACAGGCGGAGGAGAUAUCUCAGAUGCUUGGGUUGCUCAUGCAUGAGAUGGCAGGGCAUGAUUAUGACCAUGUAAUCGAUUGCUUGGAUGGGGGAUGAAUUCAGACCCUGGAGACUGGAGAAUGCAGAAGACUGAUAUUCUGAAGUCAAAAGAUAGCCGACGUUAGAUUAGAGAACUGUUGUAUAUCAGUAGUUCAGUACAUUUAGCUGUCCUGCCACUAUGAUUCCCCCUCAUCUGUGUAGUCACAGGAGUGAAGUCCAACAUGAAUUGAAUUAUCGCAAAACACACUGAUUUUUCUGGACAAUUUCACGGUAUGGCUAUAAAACAAAUUGGAUUUUCUCGUCAACAGUCAAUGACAUACACAAGGAAGCCACUUUACAGGUACAAAAACGCUGUACAGAAACGCGGUCAGAAAAGUUAACUGUGCCGUGAGCACUGAGCUUUCUACGUCCCCUGCUUGGCUGCUUCCAUAGGCCACUAGGCGAGAUACCACUAAUCCUCCUUUUGAACCUUUCCCAGUUUUUAUCCAAGUCAUGAAACGUAGUUCGAUG